CGGCGGCGGGCUCGGAGCGCUGCAGGCGGGGGCUCCGCCUAGCGCGUGGGGCACUGAGCGGAGAGGCGCGGAGGCGACGAGGGCGCGCGGGGGGCUUGGGGGGGCAGCUUGGCGUCGCCUCCCCGCCACCCGCCGCACCAUGGGCAGCGCGGAGGACGCAGUCAAAGAGAAACUGCUGUGGAACGUGAAAAAGGAGGUGAAGCAAAUCAUGGAGGAGGCUGUCACCAGGAAGUUUGUGCAUGAGGACAGCAGCCACAUCAUUGCUCUGUGUGGUGCAGUGGAGGCUUGCCUCCUACAUCAGCUAAGACGGCGUGCUGCUGGCUUCCUGCGCAGUGAUAAGAUGGCCGCCCUGUUCACCAAGGUGGGGAAGACGUGCCCGGUGGCUGGGGAAAUUUGCCACAAGGUACAGGAGCUACAGCAACAAGUGGAGAGCAGGAAACCCUCAGCAGGCAACCAGGACGCCCUGCGGAGACAGGGCUCUGCCGGCGGGAAGGCCCCAGCACUCAGCCUGCAGGCUUUAAAGCACAUAUGGGUGCGCACAGCACUCAUCGAGAAAGUGCUGGACAGGGUCAUACAGUACCUUGUAGAGAACUGCAGCAAGUACUACGAGAAGGAGGCGUUACUAUCAGAUCCUGUGUUUGGCCCCAUCUUGGCCUCUCUUCUAGUGGGACCCUGCGCCUUGGAGUACACCAAGCUCAAGACGGCUGAUCACUACUGGACUGACCCGUCCGCGGAUGAGCUGGUCCAGAGGCAUCGUAUCCGGGGUCCCCCUAAUCGCCAGGACUCCCCUGCAAAGCGCCCAGCCCUUGGAAUCCGGAAGCGGCAUUCGAGUGGCAGCGCAGCAGAGGACAGGUUGGCUGCCUGUGCUCGUGAGUACGUGGAGUCCUUGCACCAGAAUUCAAGGACACGGCUUCUCUACGGCAAGAACAACGUGCUGGUGCAGCCGAAGGAGGACAUGGAGGCCGUCCCUGGCUACCUCUCCCUGCACCAGGCUGCAGAGAGCCUAACUCUGAAGUGGACCCCCAACCAGCUCAUGAACGGGACUCUGGGGGACUCCGAGCUGGAGAAAAGCGUUUACUGGGACUAUGCCCUGGUUGUUCCCUUCAGUCAGAUCGUCUGCAUCCACUGCCACCAGCAAAAGAGCGGUGGCACGCUCGUGCUGGUGAGCCAGGAUGGCAUCCAGAGGCCCCCGCUGCACUUCCCACAGGGAGGCCACCUGCUUUCCUUUCUGUCCUGCCUGGAGAAUGGCCUGCUGCCCCGAGGACAGCUAGAGCCCCCGCUCUGGACCCAGCAGGGGAAGGGGAAAGUGUUCCCCAAGCUACGGAAACGCAGCAGCAUGCGGACCAUGGAUGUGGAGGAGAUGGGCACCGGGCGGGCCACAGACUACGUGUUCCGCAUCAUUUACCCCGGCCACAGGCAUGAGCACAUCACUAUUAACUACCACCACCUAGCGGCCAGCCGCGCGGCCUCGGUGGACGAUGAUGAGGAAGAGGAGGAUAAACUGCACGCGAUGCUCUCAAUGAUCUGCUCGCGGAACCUCACAGCUCCCAAUCCGAUGAAAGAUGCUGGCGACAUGAUCGAAAUGCAGGGCUUCGGGCCCAGCCUGCCAACCUGGCACCUGGAGUCCCUGUGCAGCCAGGGCUCCUGUCUCUUCUGCUCCACCCGCAGCUCCCCAUAUGCCACUCCCAGCCACUGCAGCUGUGUCCCCGACCGGUUGCCCCUCAGGCUGCUGUGUGAGAGCAUGAAGAGGCAGAUCGUGUCCCGGGCCUUCUAUGGCUGGCUGGCCUACUGCCGCCACCUGUCCACGGUACGGACCCAUCUGUCAGCGCUGGUGCAUCACAACAUCAUCCCUCCCACCCGGCCCCCGGGGGCCUCAGGGGGCCUCACCAAGGAUGUGUGGAGCAAAUAUCAGAAGGACGAAAAGAACUACAAGGAGCUGGAGCUGCUCCGGCAGGUUUACUAUGGGGGCGUGGAGCACGAAAUCCGUAAGGACGUCUGGCCCUUUCUGCUUGGCCACUACAAGUUUGGCAUGAGCAAGAAAGAGAUGGAGCAGGUGGACUCAGCUGUGGCAGCAAGGUACAAGAGGGUGCUGGCCGAGUGGAAGGCCUGCGAGGCGGCGGUGAGGCAGCGCGAGCGGGAGGCCCAGCCAGCCACGCUCACCAAGUUCUCCUCAGGCAGCAGCAUCGACAGCCACGUUCAGCGCCUCGUCCACCGAGAUUCCACCAUCAGCAAUGACGUAUUUCUCUCUGUGGAUGACCUGGAGCCCCCACAGCCCCCAGGCACUGAAGAUUGCAGACCGGAGCCUGCACAGGAGCUAGGAGCAGGGCCCCUGGGCACCGCCGUGGUGGGACAGCAACAGUCCGUGGAGUUUGACUCUCCGGACUCAGGACUGCCAUCCUCUCGCAAUUACUCCGUGGCCUCGGGCAUCCAGUCGAGCAUAGACGAGACGCAGAGCAUGGGCUUCGAAGAGGAGGAUGGCGGUGGGGAGGAAGACUCCAGCAGGCUGGGCCCAGCAGCCGGUGCUUUCCCGGAGCCCCCAGAUGCCAGCCAGCAGAAGGCCUCGCAGGCUAGCGAGCCGGAGGCAGGGGAGGAGCUGGCAGCCGUGUGUGCUGCUGCCUACACUAUAGAAUUACUGGAUACUAUGGCCUUAAAUUUGCACCGCAUUGACAAGGAUGUGCAGCGCUGUGACCGCAAUUACUGGUACUUCACGCCCCCCAACCUGGAGAGGCUCAGAGACGUCAUGUGCAGCUACGUGUGGGAGCACCUGGACGUGGGCUAUGUGCAGGGAAUGUGUGACCUGCUUGCACCGCUCCUGGUCGUCUUGGACAACGAUCAGCUGGCCUACAGCUGUUUCAGCCACCACAUGAAGCGGAUGAGCCAGAACUUCCCCAAUGGUGGUGCCAUGGACACCCACUUUGCCAACAUGCGCUCCCUCAUCCAGAUCCUGGACUCAGAGCUGUUUGAGUUGAUGCACCAGAAUGGAGACUAUACCCACUUUUACUUCUGUUACCGCUGGUUCUUGCUGGAUUUUAAGAGAGAGCUGCUCUACGAGGAUGUGUUCGCUGUGUGGGAGGUGAUCUGGGCAGCCCGGCACAUCUCAUCAGAGCACUUUGUCCUGUUCAUCGCCCUGGCCCUGGUGGAGGCCUACCGCGAGAUCGUCCGCGACAACAACAUGGACUUCACCGACGUCAUCAGGUUCUUCAAUGAACGGGCCGAGCAUCAUGACGCCCAGGAGAUCCUGCAGAUUGCCCGGGAACUCGUCCACAAGGUGCAGAUGCUCAUAGAGAACAAGUAAUGGCUGCAGCCGGGAAGCGGUGGCCGACUAGAGCCCGGGCUCCAGGCCUAAGCACAGGGCGGGGAGUGGGGCAGCGGCACUGAGACUGCCAGACCCCCAGCCAGCCCUGCCUGCCCACUCGCUUUCCUAAUAAAGUGCUUGUGAGCCCGGGAUCCGACUCUGGGCAGCGCUAGCCUUGCGGGGUCACAAGUCAGGGGGCUGGAUGCCUCGGGCUGGAAGGGAAGGGGACGGGUUGGCCUCAGGGAGUGACUGCCUUGGGGGACAUCAACUCUGCUCCCCUCUCAGACACCUGGGAAUAGCUCCCUGUCACCUGCAGCCUCAGCCUGGACUGCUCUCACAGCCUCUCCUAGCUCAGCCUGGGGCCCUGUAGAGUUAACAGGGCUGUAGCUGCCUGCCUCCCCACCCUCGCCCAACCCUGCAUGGGUCAUGUGGGCAAACGGAUUCUGUGCUGGAUCUCUUCUUCGAGUCCCUUGGCAGGCGAUGUGCAUGUGCCCACCCCAGCCCCAAUGCAGGCUGCCAGCUUGGGCCUGGGUCCCGGGUGCAGGAGUCCAAAGAUGUGGGACCUGGGUGGGAGCAGUCCUCCACAGCUGCACUGCCACUACCUCUGGCCACCCGAGGUGACCCCAUGUCCUGCCCCGGCCCCACGGGGUGCUUGCGUGCACCUGCACGGUUUCACUUUCACCCCCUAGCUCUUGCUUUAUGCAUUAGUUGCUUCCCUGACAACAGUGUGACACUUGGGCCAGCUGGAUGGUCUAGAAUGCAGGGGAAGCACUUCCCUCUUGAGAGGAAUUCCAGGGUAACUCUUGAGGGAGGAAAUCCUCUCAUAGCCUCCUCUCAGGAACAGGCCCUGGAGCUUCAGGGCAGUCCAUCGCCAAUCUCAGACAUGAGUCCCUGGGUCUGGGGGAAGGGGAGGGUGCUUGGAUCUCCUGUUUGUCCCUGGUGAGAAGCAAGGCCAGCUCUGCCUGCCCAAUGCUUCUCAGGGUGCAGAGAGGCCUAGAGACCCAGGAACCCCCUUGGAGGAGCCUCACUCGCAGGGGUGCUAGGAAGGGCCUGGCUCCUUGGCACACUGCUUGCUCUGCCAUCCCCACUUCUCCUCCACCCCUAAACACGUGAGGCUAAGGCUUUGACCUGGGGCCAGGAGGCCACUCUACCACAGGGGCGAGGGCUUGUCCUGCAGUCACUUCGGUCUGGAGACUUCCUGCAUCUGAGGAACAGGGAAAGGGCCCCGUGGCCCUCCUGCCUCCAGUACAGUCUCCCCAGCCCAUCCCUGUCCUGGGCACUGCCUAGCCCAUCUGGGGACCAGCUGCCCCACUGCCUACCCCUGUUGUCUGUGAGUCCUUGGCUGCCACCAGGCAUGGUGGCCCAUGUGUGCCUGCCUUAGUGACUCAGUGGUUUUGUGAGAAGCAGAGUGUUUAUGUUUUUGUUUUUCCUUGGAACUAUACUCUUCAGUGUUAACAGACCAAUAAACAUAGCAUUUGGCAAUG